CAAAUUCUGAAAGGAGAAAGUGUUUUUGGUUGCCGUUGAAAUAUUUUUAUGCUAAGAAGCUUGAGGAAUUUUUGUCUUGGUAAAAAUGGAUGAUAUAUCGGUUAAAAAGCGGGAAAUUGAGAGAAAGCUGAACCAGGAACAAAUGAUUCUAAAGUUCCUAAAGGAGAGCUUGAAGAAAAGUGACACAAUCACUGGGAAUAUGCUUGAUAUCUUGUCGUCAUUUGAGAGCCGUAUCCACAAGCUGGAAGAUACUAUCGUCCCUGUGCACAAAGAAACGGUGGACUUACAGAGAAGGCAAGCAAAUAUUGACAAAUCCCUGUCAGCGCUUGACCAUGUCAUCAGUUAUCAUCACGUCUACGCCAACACUGAGCACAUCAUUAGAGACACCCCAACUGGCCAUCUGGAUGUUUAUAUCAAGAAUCUUGAGAGAGUGCUGGAUGCCAUUGAGUUCUUCUCUCAGAAUAAUCCAAACUGCCUGGAGAUGACCCAUUUGUGCUCAUUACGAGACUUUGGACGAGAUUCCCUGGAGAAAGAAUUCCGAACCCUUCUCAACCGACACAGCAAGCCAGUCCCUCCAAACACUAUCCUUGAUAGCAUAGGGGAGGGGGAGAUGGAGGAAGGGCAAGUAGCAGAGGAUGUGAAGAUAGAACACUUGUCAGAUAAAGUAAUUGAGGACCUGAGUACCAUCUCCCACUGGCUGGUAGGACCUGGCAAAGGAGGAAAAGGUGACAUAUCAGAUUUUAUGAGUAUGUAUGCACAGAUCAGAUCUAGCUCCUUACUCAGGUCUAUGCAAGGAUUGAAAGAGGCAAUAAUCGAACAAGAAUCUGGAGUACAAGUGGGCGGAAAGUUCAAAGCUGGUUCAGGUGUUGGCACUCCGACUAGAAAGGGAACAACAAAGAAAAAAGAAAUCCGACGAGUUCCUUCAAAGCCACACGAAUAUGCACGACGAGCAACAGCCCUCUCCCUACAAACAGUGGCGCUUGACUCCAAGGAUGGGAAGGAAGAGGAAGAAGACAUCAAUGCGAACACCUUCAUCAUAUCUUGUAAGGCGCUCAUGUCAUUGAUGGCUAGUGAAGUUGACUUGAUGAAGCCGAUUAUCCCAGAGGAUCACCAGAACGCUAUCUUUGACAAGCUGAUCCAGGCUGCUCUUGAAGCCUUCAUGACUGAAGGAGAGACUAUCGUAAACACGCUUCGUAAGUUCACCAGUAAGCACUACUACGCGUCCACCAUGCAAGUGUUUCCCGUGCUCAGGCAUUCCCGUCACAUUCAACCAGACUUUGACGAUGUUUUACAGUUCACCGGACCUAAAACCAGGAGCAAAUUUCCAAGCCUCAUAAACGCCUUAGAGUUAGCAGCAGCAAGAGCUUUGGACGAGUUUGCUGACGGAAUCAGGCAUGCACCAGAGAAGCAUGCGUCCAAUAUGCCGCGUGACGGAACAGUUCACGAGCUCACAAGAAAUACAUUGCUGUUUAUGGAGCAGCUUUUACCUUACGUGGAGACUGUGGGGAACCUCCUCGCUACACAGCAAGAGAGCCAAAAUGGCGGUGUCAUCUACAGAGACGAGGGUCAACUUAUAGGGAUCACUGCUGAAUAUGUUCAGCGUGUCCUUGGUUCUUUGGGGCUGAAUUUGCAACUAAAGACGAAGGUUUACGAGUCAGUGACACUCGUUGCACUCUUCCUCUUGAAUAACUACCACUACAUACUCAAGGCCCUACAAAGGUCGGGUUUGCUGGAACUCCUUCAAAAGGGCGAGAUUUACGAUGUGGAGAAACAGUACAAAGAAUUAGUAGAAGAGCAAAAGAAGAUGUACGAAAAAUGCUGGAGUAAAGUUCUGCAUUAUCUCCUUGAGAUGGAAAAGCCAGGAGCGGCAUCCAAGUCUGUGGAAGCAACAAUGAAGUUAAAAGACAAGCAACGACAAAUGAUCAAAGACAAGUUCAAGGGAUUCAAUACAGAGUUUGAAGAGCUCUAUCAGAUCCAGAAGACAUAUGCAGUGCCAGAUGUAGCCUUAAGGGAGGAAAUCCGACUAAAAAACAUUGAGCUGAUAGUACCUAUCUACCGCGCAUUCAGAGACAAGUAUGAAGGUGUCCCUUUCACUAAAAACCCUGAGAAAUAUGUGAAGUACACAGCAGAUGAGGUGGAAAAUCUGAUGAACAAAUUUUUUGAUGUAUCUGCAUGAGACCUGUUAUCAAUAAUUGAACUAUUGACUGUUCCUCAAAUCACACGAGUCACAACUAGUAGAAAAAAUGUGCUGGACUUGAAAGCAGAAAAAUGUUAAAUUACCAGACCAAACAACAUGGAGUGAUUUGACUUGUUUAUGUGAUCCAUAGCUGUGUGUAAAGAUCUGCAGUUUCUAUGAAGCUCUAUAAAGAGUAUGAAAACAAAGUUAGAAAACUAAACAAGCCCUCAGAUACCAAAAAAUAAUGUGGAGUAAUAAUUUUUGUUACACUAUGAUUAUUACGUUUUUUGCAUACAGAAUACUUCACUCCAAGUUUGAAUCUUUUAAUAAUUUUAACUACUGCAUUAGAUUAAGAAAUUUAAUAGAGAUAUCAUGUAAAAUUUAUGAAAUAAAAAAAAUGUUAUAGAUACAA